GACUGGAUAAUCGGGUCAAUAAAAGCCGUCCAUUUUGAAGGAAGUGGUCAUCGAAGAAAAGCGAUUACAUCCAAAACAUCAAAAAAUGUCAGAAUCUUACGAUUUUUUAUUUAAGUUUUUGGUGAUAGGAAGUGCAGGUGCUGGUAAAUCCUGUAUUUUACACCAAUUUAUAGAAAAUAAAUUUAAACAGGAUUCUAAUCAUACUAUUGGUGUAGAAUUUGGUAGUAAAGUUGUUAAUGUUGGAGGUAAAGCCGUUAAAUUACAGAUCUGGGAUACAGCUGGACAAGAGAGAUUUAGAUCAGUAACUAGAAGUUAUUAUAGAGGAGCUGCUGGUGCCUUAUUAGUUUAUGAUAUUACAAGUCGUGAAACAUACAAUGCCCUAACUAACUGGUUGACAGAUGCUAGGACAUUGGCCAGUCCUAAUAUAGUAAUAAUAUUAGUGGGAAAUAAAAAAGAUCUGGAAGCUGAUAGAGAAGUGACAUUUUUAGAAGCCAGUCGAUUUGCUCAAGAAAAUGAAUUAAUGUUUCUGGAAACAAGUGCAUUAACGGGGGAAAAUGUAGAAGAAACCUUCCUCAAAUGUGCCCGGUGUAUUUUGACAAAAAUUGAAGCAGGUGAACUUGAUCCAGAAAGAAUGGGAUCAGGAAUACAAUAUGGUGAUGCUUCUCUCAGACGAUUAAACAGAACAAACAAAGAACCGCAACUCCGUCGACCAGAUUGUGCAUGCUGAGUACACUUGGUAUACUAUUCCAUGACAUUCAAACCAGUAUAUAUAUAUAUAACUAUCUACUUAUUAUAUAUUUUCCUUUUUUUACUGGUGUAUAAAAUGACAUCUUAUAGUUUUAUUAUUAUUGUCUGAGAAACAUUAUCAAAAUGAUCUUUUUUACCUUUUAAUCAACAUCAUUACCUUAAUUAUCACCAGUCUGCUUAUACCAUCAUCUCUCUAAUAGGGACAACAUGACAUUAGGCUGAUAGAAAUUUAUUGACAAUGUUUUACAAAAACUGAAGGUCAAUACGAAUUAUUUAUAGAUCAAAAAGUACUAAUGAGUAUUAUUUAACAUAGUACAAAUGUAGGUUAACUAAUCUUCUUGUGAUGAUGUAAGCAGAUGCAAUUUCAGAAAUGAUACUCAGAUAUGUAAGACAAAAUGAUCAAGACAAGUGUUAUAAGAACUGUUUUGAAUGAACAAAUUUCAACUUAUUUGAACACAAUUGUGUUUUAGAAUGUUGUCUUUAGGAUGGAUCCAGUAAUAAUCUAUCUUUUUUCUGUCCUGUUGUCUCUCUAAUAUGAUAAAUACAUUGAUAAGAAAUUGUGAUACAAUCUGUUUAAAUACUAAAACAUAGUGGAAUAUAUAUUAUAUAUUAAAGAUACAUUAUGGGAGAUUAGAUAAAGAGCUGGCAGUUCUCACUAUAAUAGUUAAAAACUAGAUAAUGUAAAGGGAAUUUACUGAAAAUUUCAGUCAAAUUGAUCCACUCUGAACCAAAAUUUUAGCGAUUGAAUUUUCAGCCUAGCCUCGAUCAUCAUUACUAAAGUCGGUAUGAUAAAAAAAUAGUCUUGAUUAUCCAUUUCAUGAUUAAAUCAUGAAUGAAAGUAAAGCAGAAAAUCGGAACCUAAUCCAAUAAAUAUUGCAGGCUAGCGAUGCCAUCAAGAGUUGAUUAUGGUCUGGAUAAGUUAAUUAAUGUCUUAUUAAUAAUUUAGAUAACAUUUCAGUCCUAAAGAAAGACCCGCGAUUGGCAGAUUUAGCUCUUGCAUAAUGUAUAUUUAAGUGUCUGACAAAUAUCAACCAAAGAUAAACCAAGAUUUUAGACCUGUAAAUGUAACAUGUAUGAAUAGAGGUUAAUAGGUUGUAAAGUUAAUUGGAAUGCAAAUGUUAUGUUAACGUUCAAAGUACAGAGUCAACAGAAGUUUAGAAAUUUUCUACAAAUAUUUCCAUCCUUUUAACUAACAUUAUUUAAAUUGUAUUAUUAUCCCUUGACAAGAUAUGUAAAAUAUAAAAUAUACUUGACAAAUAUAAUAUAUUAAUAUAUAUAUACUGGAAAUUAAUUAACAGUCAACCCUGUGGAUUGCGUGUAUAUUUUUCACACAAGUUUAUACUACAUGUUUGUAGUGCGAAUACUAACUGGCUUUUUUUAUAAUUAAUCUAUACAUAUAUUCAUUCAUGUUGAUUGUUUUAUAAUAUUUGUUAUGUUUGAAGUUUCUGAUUCAAUUUGUGUAUUUAUAAUAAAUACAUGCCCCAAUGAAUUUAUUUCUUUUAAGCUUCAAAUUUAUUGAAAGAAUACUAUUAACCUAUUAAUAAAAAGGUCCAACUUACCUAGCCUAUGUAACUUUAAGAGCAAUUCAAGGGUAAUAGGACCUCCAUGAUUUUGAAUAUGUUCCAACAACUUCAAAUUUAAAAUGAAUUGAAAGAAUACCAUUAGCUUACCAUUGCAUUAAAUAUUUUGAAUUUGGUCAUAUUUUAGGUAGUUUAAAAAGUGUUUUUAAUUGGAUACAGGGUGAUAGUUUGUUGUCAGAUUAAAUUAGGUCAGAAUUCUGGUCACAUUGUUUGUUCUAAUCAGUCACAUAGUCUCGUCGAUUUACAACUAGUAGUAUCUUCAGAUAGUGAUAUCACAAAAACUAACUAAUUUUAAGAGAUUCAAUUUUAUGAUUUAUUGGAAAGGUAAUGAAUAAGAAAGAAAUGGGGUUUAACUUACACCAAACUAGAUCAUUUCAGGACUAACAUAUGGUAUAUCUUACUUUCAAUAAUCACUUGCAAGCAGAUUUUUAGGAAUAAGAGGAAAGUGGAGAAUCCAGAAAAAACCCAUGGGGUCCUGCAGGCAACUUUACUCCUUAUCAUAUACAAGCAUUAGAUGGAAGUGCCACAACACUUUUCUUAUGGCAGACCUGAUGAUCUAAAGCACACACGGUUGAAUCACUUGGCCACCCAACCACUGCCAAGGAUUAAACUGAAUACAACAGAUUACGGCCAAAUAUAAUUAAAGGUACGUGGUGCAUUGCCUCCAGGUCCUUUAAAUUAUUGUUUGUCUAAGGGGUUUUGGACUAUGAUAUAACUAACAUAAAAUCAAUUCUGAGGGGGGUAGACAAUAAUUGAUGACUUGAUUUGAUUAAAAUCAAAAUGAAUUUCUCUUGCCAUUGUUUAAUUUUCUAUAAAUUCCUGAAUUAUUCCUGAUUAUUUCAGCUGGAAGUGACAUUUUAUGUACAAAUACUGUAUACAUAUCAUUUUCAAACUUUAUAAUUUUUAAUGGUGUUUGUUUCAUAAUUAGCAUGAUGGUGUAUUUCUUCAAAUUGAUUUUUAUUAAUCAUAAUUUAUAUGUUUUGGAUGCCCAUCAAAGAUAUUUCUCUUUGAAAAAAAAUAAACACAAAGAAUGACACUGUGUAUUCACUACACAAUUUCAUUUUAGUUAUAUUGUUACAUUUAUUCAUUUUUCAUAAACUUCGUGGAAACAAAUUUCACAUUCAAAUUUUACCAUUUGGUUAGUUUGUUAUGUUAGAAUAUUUGUGUUCUUUGAUGCAGUUUGUUAUAUUCUUAAUUUUAUUUUUCUUACGUUAAGUACAAUUUAUAAUUAAAUACUGGAUUUUGUCUCUUUUUGUAUGCAAUGUAGUAUUUUUGAUUUUUAUAAGAUUGUUAGAUUAUAUAGAUGAUUUAAAUACAAUAUACACAGUGUGAAUACCGUUUGGUUCGUUUAAAAAUUGAAAUUACCAGCAUGUAAUAUACAGUGUGAUAAUUUCAUAUUAUUAUUAUAUAUAUAUAUAUAUAUAUUUCCAGCAGUAACUUGUGCUGUAUUCGUUACUUUUACAGGAAUUGGGGCUUUCCGGCUUGGGAUUCAUUCAUUUCCAUCUCUAUAUUUUAAGAUGGACACCAUCAAGUUAUUUUGUCAUUUGAAUAUCAACAUCCUUGUGAUGUCGACUAACUUUCUCUAUCUCGUUUAAAAAAUAGUUAUCAAUUAAUAUUUCGUAAUUCUAAGCCAUCAGUCUUCAGAAUUCUUCAAGGAUAUUCAACCUGCGAACUCAUGUGAUGAGAAUGAUAUGUAACGAAUACAGCAUAAUCUAAAAUAAAUAAAUUCAUAAAAUGAACAGUCAGUGUAACCCUUUACCCUUUUACCCUUUUAAACGUAGCAUUAAACUGAAAGGUCUUGUGAAUCUUUUAACCUUACCUAUGAAAUUGUCUAAAUGUGCAUUUGUUUAACUAAAUCUGGUUACUGCUGCAUUUUUAGCCCGGUAAAGUAAAUAAGGAAUUAAAGGUAUGAAGAAUUUCUGUUUUCUCGUAUAUUGUGUUUCUUUGAGAAGACUAAAGAUGGUGGUAUUUUAUUUAUUUAUAUAAAGAAUGAUGUAAAUGUAUAUUAUUGUAUAUAUUAUAUUCAUUGGAUGUUUUAUAUUGUAUAUAUAGAUUUGUGUAAUAUAUUAUCUUUGUUUUUCAUAGGAGAGUAAUAUUUAAUAAGCUGCAAGCUUUCAAGUUAAUUACAAUUAAAAUACAUAUCUCUCUAUUAAAAUAAGAAGCAAGUUUCUGUCUAAAUGGCAGAAUUAAUUGCAAACUGUAUGAGGGCGGAGGUGAUGCAAUUUCUAAAAAUAAAUUAACUAGUAACAAAUGAACAAAACAGUCUGCUCAAUACAUUUAACUACUAUAACUCCACUAUAACUACGAAAUUAGUAUUAAUGGGCAAUGUGUUUUUGCUAACUUGCAUUCAUUGCCCUUCGGUAUGUGGAAUACAUAAAUAAAUUUUUUAGAUUUAGUUUUAUUCGAAUUCCAUUCAGGUAACUAGGGAUAGCAAUGAUGGUUAGUUUUCGCAUUCACAGUUUUAAUUCUGAUGUGCUUUAUGUUCUGUUGGUUUACCUUACAUGAGAUAAAAAAACAAAACAGGGGAUAACUAACUUUGCUAUUAUUCAUUAGUUGUGUAAAUAGUUGUAAAUUUUGUUCAGGAUGAAACAUUUCUGUCUUAUCCCAUUAAUGAAAACAACAGACAAAAUAGUUAAACAGACAGUAAUCAUAUACAGUAUGAUAUAUAUAUAUAUGAUGAAUGGGCAGGGCAAAUAGAAAAUUCUAGUACCAGUAUAUUAUGCUAUAUUUUAAUUGUUUGAUAUUAAAGGGGCAGUCCUUCAUUUUUUAGGACAUCAUAUGUAAAAUAAAAAUUUAAUGCCAAAAUUUGAAGAAUAUCUUCCAAAUUAUAAUAUUGAACGGUUGGAUAAAUGUAGAACUAGGAUAAAUUUUUCUAAGAGUAUUUCACUUAACCAGUUCUAUUUACAAGAAUGUAUUGGAGACUGCUCCUUUAGGGACACAAAGGUCAUAACAAAAAAUAUUAAAUAUUUGUUUUGAAAUGUACCCAUUGUUUGUGAAUAUCCUAAAUUACAGUAACAUCUUUCUUAAUAAAAAAAAAAUAUUUAAUUAUAUAUGACACUUUAGAAUUGAUAAUGCAAAUGUUCAAUCUAUGUUGAAGGUGUGAGUUUGGGGAGUUGAAGCAAUAGUAAUGUUAAGAUUUAAAUGUGGUGGUUUAGAUUGUAACUGUACAAUAAUGUGUGGUAUAAAUGCUUUCUCAGGUAGUUUGUUGUAUGCUUAAACAAUGCUUUAGCAUAGAAUCCAUCCACUAAAUGCUAUUAGGCCACUAUAAUAUCCUUUCUGUAUCAAAGAUUAAACAAUUAGAAUUUUUUAAAGUAGGUUUUUAUCUUGGUUUUAUGGUAACUUCAUAGCACAAUUUAGUAAAAAAAAUUACAAUAUAACAAAUAAAAUUCAAAUAUUCAUUGUAAUUUAGCCUGUGUAUUGUUACAUCAGAUCUGUGGAUAAAUAAUAUGGCUGGAUUUAGAAUAGGUAUUUGACACUGUAUACUCCACUUUGUAAUGGCUUUUUUCAUGAUGAAUGAUUGUCUGUUACACUAUGUUUUUGUCUUAAAAUAAAUCAUAAAUACUU